AUGUCGCAUACGUGUUCCCCAAUCCAGCUUGUAGGAGGGUGCAGUUUACCCCGACCCAACCCACGCUGUGUUCAUUCCUCUGACGCCACAUAUUAUACUGAUAUCGAGCUCGACCCCCGGCUUCUGAAGAAGACAAUCGUUCCUGUGAAGUCGAGCGACAUCUGGGUCCCCAGCCCCAAUAGCAUAUCUACCGCAUGCUUCCUUCAUCCCAAAUACGAGUCCAGUGCUUCCACCUCCAAAGCAAAUGGCCUAUCUAGUAUUUAUGGCCCUGUUUCCAUGGAGGGCUCCUCUGCUAAUACGUUUGUCCCACCUUUGCCUUCGCCAACUAUGAACGCUCCAACCGUUAUUAAUGUGUGGACGAAGCCCUACGGCACAUCGCAUACAAUGUUCCCUCCAUCACUCAGGCUGUAUUUGUCUAUCCGUGACCAUGCCUACACUCUCGCCGCUAUCCCCCAGGCCUAA